GUUGAAAUCAAGAAAAAGAAAUGGGCAUGGGCAGGACACGUAAUGAGGAGGGAAGAUAACCGAUGGUCAUUAAGAGUUACGGACUGGAUUCCAAGGGAAGGAAAGCGUAGCAGAGGGCGGCAGAAAGUUAGGUGGGCGGAUGAGAUUAAGAAGUUUGCAGGGACAAUAUGGCCACAAUUAGUACAUGACCGGGGUAGUUGGAGAAGUAUGGGAGAAGCCUUUGCCCUGCAGUGGGCAUAACCAAGCUGAUGAUGAUGAUGAUGACACGUCAUGGCGCCUCCUCGCAAGACACGAACCGCUGCUGAAGAAGCGAAUCGUAGAGCCACAGCGCGCGGCUGCAGGCCAGGCAACGUCGGGCUCGGCAGACCGCUAUGCAGAGGGCAGCGCAAGCCGCAGCUCGCCGUCGACGCGGGGUAGAUAUAUUGUUCUCGCGAAAACGAUGCGAACACCCUUCACUGCGUGCUGCCUAAAAUGGAGGUCCUAUGGGGUCAUUCCACCAGCUUACGCUGUGACUGUGCUACAUGGACCGUGCAGGCCUGUGACAUUUUUUUUUUCUUUACCGGAGGGCAUAUCUUCAGGCUAUACCGAGGCAGCCGCUCGCACGAUCAGCGCUGCCCUUUGAACAAAAGAUCGCUGACGGUUAUCUGGCGCAGCCUAAACAGUGGAUUGUGUCGCACCGUAGCUUUCGGCAAAAAACUCAUUAAAAGUGUCGUAUCGGGUCGACGUGUUGCGCGAUCGAAACCCGAAGCCUGAACAGCCAUCUUCUCUUCCCGGAUGCUGGCGAAGCAUGGAAGGACUCCGGCCGAAGAGAUAAUGGUCGGGUGGGCGUAGCCGGGAGAGGACGAAGUGUCCCACUUCCGCGGUCCUUCUCGCGCCAGCGGAUGCAAGAGGACUAUAGGAAACGCAUUUCACUCUUUCGGCGGGAAGUCUGCGUGCUCCGUUGCAGUGGUGUAGGUUCCCGCUGGACGUGGCGCGGUAGACCGGUGGAUUCGAGAAUUAAUGAGCGACGUGCGACCUGAGGGGCCUUUCUUAAGGUGUCUGAUCUACUGAAGACAAUUGAACUCACAACAUAUAUCGCUCUAAAGAGGAUUUACGGGCUGCUUUGACAUUUACGCAAGAUUUUACUUGCAGGCACUGAAUCGACAUGCACGGUUAUGGGAAAGCGCUCCUGUGCCUGGCCUGCUUUGGGUUGCACCUCAUUGCGGACACGGCAGCAAACCCAAGUAAUGAAACUGCACCCUCGGAGCAAAGGGCCGCAGACGACGUACCGCUGUUCCUGACACAGUACAUACGGAACGGGAGCAUCGACGAAGCUCAGAGAAGGAGCAAGGUGGACCUGUUCGAAAGUCGCGUAGGAGCGAAGGCGCAUUCGGGCUACGUCACCGUGAACGAGAGCACCGGGAGCAACCUGUUCUUCCUCUACGUCAAGGCUGCCAAUAACCGAAGCGGCGAGACGCCGCUUGUCCUGUGGCUCGAAGGCGGUCCCGGCAAGUCAGCGCUGUUCGGCCAAUUUCUCGAGAGCGGACCGCUGGGCAUCGGGCCCGACGGGCAGCUCUAUCGGCGGCGGCCGACGCUUCAGGAGGAAGCGGACGUCGUCUACCUGGACCAGCCCGUCGGGGGCGGCUACAGUUUCGCGAGGGACCGUCGUGGCUUCGCCCGCACGCUGGACGACAUCGCCGACUCGAUCGAGGAGUUCCUGCGGCAGUUCCUCGUGCUGUUUCCAGAGAACAGAAAUAGGCGCUUCUACGCGAUCGGAGAGUCGUACGGCGCUCGAUCAGCGCUUGGGAUCGUGAAUCGGCUGCAAGUUAACCGGAGCCUUCCAUUGAGAGUAUCAGGGGUGAUCCUCGGAGUUCCUUUUGUCGCCCCCCUCCUGGACCUCAUAGACUCUUCGGACUACCUCUACAGCACCGGACUCAUCGAUGGCCGAGGACACCGGCUGUUCGCCGAGCGCUUCCAGCAGAUCAAGCUCGCCGCCGGGUUCAACCGCACGAUAGCCGCCGCGCUACUUCUGAAGACGGUGUUCAACGCGAAAUUCGACGACGAGCCGACCCUCUACCAGCAGCUCACGGGCUACACGGACCACGGGAGCGUGCUGCGGACGAGGCCGGCACCGGAAAGGCUCAAGUACCCGCGAUUACGUCACGAGCGACGCGUUCAAGAGGGCCAUUCACGUCGCCGGAGAGACGCCGCUGGAGGCUCAGAAGCUGGCCUUGGGCUUGAGCCUGGCGCAGAGCGAUUACUUCACCGACAUCAGCGACACGUUGGCCAACGUCCUCGACUCCAACAAGGUGCUUCUGUACACGGGGCAGAUGGACACGGUCUUUCCGGCGGUGAACACCGACCGCUACCUGCGCCGGCUGAAGUGGAGCGGUCAGCGCGAGCUCGAGAACGCGCAGCGCGAGACGUGGUACUCGUUUGCCGAUGCGCACAGGCCCGCGGGAUACGUGACUCGCGCGCGGAACUUGACCUACGUGCUGGUCUCUCGCGCCGGCCAUCACGCCACCUUUGACAGGCCUGAAGCGCUGUUCGACCUCACGUACAGCUUCAUACACGGCAGAAAAUACAGAGCGUCGUGAGUGUGUCG